AUGGAAGAAUUUAAUAUUUGUUCAAAUUUGUUAUUAAAUAGUAUUGAUUUAAAUAGAAAACUACAUAAUAGAGAUUUAUAUCAUCUAAAAGAUUACAUAAUACCUGAAUUAUCAGAAAGUGACUACAAAGGAUGUAGUGGAAAAAUAUGUGUUAUAGGAGGUAAUGAAGUUUAUUGUGGUGCUCCAUUUUUAUCAGCUAUGACUUCUUUAAAAUUAGGAGCUGAUUUAUGUUUUGUGAUAACUUCUAAAGAAAACUCUAUUCCUUUAAAAAGUUAUAGUUGUGAAUUAAUUGUUUACCCAUAUUUAUAUAACAAUAAAUCGGAAAUAACAGAAGUUAAAGAAAGCGAUUUAGAAAAAUGUGUUGAAUAUUUAAUGAAUAGAAUUGAUUCUUGUGUUAUUGGUCCUGGUCUUGGUUUAAUUGAUGAAACUACAAGAAAGUGUCUUAUAUAUAUUAUAGAAAAAUUUAUAGAAAAAAAUGUAUUUUUAAUUCUAGAUGCUGAUAUAAUAGAAUUUAUUAUUUCAAAUAAUAAUCUAUUUGAAUUAAUUAAAAAUUAUGAAAACUGCAUAUUUACACCUAAUAAAAAUGAAUUUAAAAAGAUGAUUUUACUUUUGACAGAUGAUAAAAGUAUAAAAUUUGAACAAAUAGAUUCUCAUCAAAUUAUUUAUAGUGCACAUAAAAUGAAUUUAAUAUUUAAAGGACCUAAAAUACUAAUAAAAGGUUUUUAUGAUAUUUUUAUUUCUCAAAAUUUUUUUUUUGUAUCAUUUAUUAGUAAUCCAUGCUUAAAAAGAUUAGGAGGACUUGGUGAUAUAUUGACUGGUUUAUUGGCUGUUUUUUAUUGUUGGGCAUCCAAAAAAAAAAAAAAAAUUUCACAACAUAUUAAAGAAAUUUUAAAUAUUGAUAAUACUGAUCAUCAUAAUGAGUGUUUAGAUGCACUUUCAGCUUUUAAUGGAAGUUAUUUUCUUAAAAUUUUGUGUAAAGAAGGUUUUAAUAAAAACCACAGAGGAUUAAUAGCUUCAGAUAUAAUGAAUAGUAUUCCUCAUUAUUUUUACAACAUUUAUGAUAAAGAAAAAUAA